AAUUAUUCUAAAUUUUAAAUUAAGAUAUGAGAUAGUUCGCAAUCUCUUUGUUAAAAGUUUCGUAGAGACAAUUUGUACAAAUACCAAAAUUCAAUUUUUCAAGUAAUUAGUUUGAUAUAAGGUGAUUAGAAAAGGUAGUGAAUGUACCAACAAUGGGUGAUUCAAUAACAGAAGGAGAUGUAAAAGAAUUAUAAAAGAGUAAAUAAAUUAGAUUUGAUAUUUUUAGAGGUUGGAGAUUAUGUGAAUUAAGAUGAUGUGAUUGCAUUAAUAGAGACAGAUAAAGUAACAAUAGACAUAAGAUGUGCAGAUUCUGGUGUAAUUACUUAGAUGUUUGCAUCAGAUGGUGCAAAAGUAGAAGUUGGAAAACCAUUUUAUGAAAUUGAUACUUCAGCAGCAAAACCAGCUGGUAGUGUAGGAAGUUAAGAAACAAAGAAGGAAGAAAAGAAAGAAUAAAAAUAAUAAGAAGUGAAAUAAGAAUAAAAAUAAGAAACAUCUGCAGGUUAAAAGAGUAGUCCUGCUGCAUCAACAAAGCCUGCUGAAAAGAAAACAGUUGCUCCAAGUGUUACAAAUCCAACUUAGAGAACAGAAAGAAGAGUAUAUAUAGUUAUAUACCAAUUAUAGGAACCUAUGUCAAGAAUGAGAUAGCGUAUUGCAUAAAGAUUAAAAGAUGCUUAGAAUACUUAUGCAUUACUUACAACAUUUUAAGAAUGUGAUAUGAGUGCUGUUAUGGAAGCUAGAGAAACUAUGUAAAAAGAUUUCUAAAAAAAAUAUAAUGUUAAAUUGGGUUUUAACUCAUUUUUUGUUAAGGCUGCUGUAAAAUAAUUGUAAGAACAACCUAUUGUUAAUGCAGUUAUUGAUGGCAAUGAUAUUGUUUAUAGAAAUUAUAUAGAUAUUUCAAUGGCUGUAGCAACACCUACUGGUCUUAUGGUACCAGUACUUAGAAAUUGUGAACGACUCAGUUUUGCAGAUAUAGAGAAAGUAUAUUUAUCUCAUUAUUUUAGACUCUUAUUGAUCUAGCUGAAAAAGGAAGAUAAGGAAAAAUAUCAGCUGAUGAUAUGGUUGGUGGAACAUUUACUAUUUCAAAUGGUGGAGUUUUUGGAAGUUUAAUGGGAACACCUAUUAUCAAUGCUCCAUAAUCUGCUAUCUUAGGAAUGCAUGCCAUUAUUAAUAGACCUGUUGUUAGAAAUGAUUAAAUUGUAGCACGUCCAAUGAUGUAAAUAUUUUUAUUAGAUUAUACAGGUAUCUUGCAUUAACUUAUGAUCACAGAAUUCUUGAUGGAAAAGAUGCUGCUACUUUCCUUAAGAAAUUAGCUACUUCAAUUGAAGACCCAAGAAGAAUAUUAUUAGAUGUUUGAAUUAUCUAAUUUUAUACAAAUUAAAAUAGGUA